AUGCCCGCCAUACAAUACGCGUGGUGCGGAAAUCUUCAUGAUGCAGAAGUUUGUGUUAUGUGUAAUGAUAAAUUAUUACUUAACAAUUUCCUCAAGUUACAAAUGUAUGGUAUUGUAUAUUUACUGACAACAUUUUUCUUACUUGUCGCUUCAGUACCUUCUGAUUUGGAAGUUUCUGUAACAAGGGAUGUUGAUAUUUCAAGUCAAAUUGUUAAAAAUGCUUUAGUAUAUACAAUUAAAAAUAAUGGAAAAGAAACUUUAACACAAUUUGUCCAAAUUAUACCAAAAGCUGAGAAUGAUCAUUUGGCUUAUAUUAGUGCAAAAUUUGAUCAAUCAACUAAAUUUAAAGUUUCUCAAAAAAAAAUUGAUGAUGUACCAAGUGAUUUUGUUGCAUAUAAUAUUGAUUUGUCCAAGGGCAUCCCUGCUGGUGGCAGUGCAAAAUUAACAGUUGAAUACAAGGUUACACAAUACCUUACUCCAUAUCCAGAAGAAAUAAGGCAACUAGAAAAUCAAUUUAUGCUUUACAAAGGAUCUUCUUACACACCAUCUUAUUACAAUUUAGUAAAAGAUUCUACUACAUACAAAAUUCCUUCAGGAAAGGUUCAUUCAUACACCACUGUUUCUCCAUCAAAACAAUCAACAGGAAAAAUUACUUAUGGACCUUAUAAUAAUAUCAAAGCAUUUGACUGGAAAGAUAUAACAAUACAUUAUGAAAAUAAUUCACCUUUUGUUGUUGUAACUCAUUUAACUAGAUGGAUUGAAGUCUCACACUGGGGUAAUAUUGCUGUCGAAGAUAGUCUUGAAGUUGUUCAUAGAGGAGCUAAACUUGUUGGUGGUUUUAGUCGUGUUGAUUAUGCUCAAGACAGAAGACGAUCCUCUCACCCAUCUGUUGCUUCCUGGACAACUCAAUUACCUAAAGGAGCAAGAGAUAUUUAUUAUCGUGAUGAGGUUGGUAACAUCUCCACAUCGGAAGUUCUUCACAGAGCUAGAAGUGUUGAUGUUGAAAUUACUCCUAGAUUCCCACUAUUUGGUGGAUGGAAGACAGAUUAUAUACUUGGUUAUAAUCUUCCAAGUAGUGUUGGUUUAUUUUACAAAGGCAAUGACUAUACACUUAAACUUCCAGUUGUUGACAAAGUAUUUUCAAAUUUUGUUAUUGAAAAGGUAACUGUUAAGGUUGUCCUACCAGAAAGAUCCUCAAAUAUUAAACUUGUAACACCAUUCUCUGUUACCAAGUUACCAGCAGAUAUUCAUUUUACUUUCCUAGAUACCGUUGGUAGACCAGUUACUGUUUUUGAAGUGACUAAUGUUGUUGAUAAUCAUGUUCAAAAUUUCUCACUUUCUUAUAAAUACUCAAUAACAUUCCUUUUCAUGGAUGUUGGUAUUGCUAUAGGAGCUUUUGCUACACUUUUUGCCGUUGUCAUUUUCAUUACACGCCUGGACUUUUCGAUUGUAAAAACUGAUACUUCAAAGAAGAAUUUGUAG